AGACACCGGCCGGUUCGUCAGUUCACUUUUGCCACAGUACAAACAUAAUUUGGUUGUAGUGUAGUUCUGUGUGUUCCUUAACAGCUGUCAUGGCUUAUAGUUGGGACAACAGAGUUAGUUUUGUGGUAAAAUAUUUAUAUGAUACCGACAAUAACGGUUAUUUGGAUGAGCGCGAUUUUGCCUGUCUCGCAUUGCGCGCCACCAUAAUAGAAGGAAAAGGAGAAUUUAGCUUUUCACGUCUUCAAGAAUAUCAACAUAUCAUGUUGAGCCUUUGGGAAGAAAUCGCUGAAUUAGCCGAUUUCAAUAAGGAGCUAUUGCAGGACGGCAAGAUUACCACCGACGAGUUCAAACAAGCCGUGCAACAGUGUUGCAUGGGUAGAAGGUACGAGGACUUCCCCCAGGCCAUGAAAAUGUUCAUCGAUUCAAAUUUCAAGAUGGUAGAUUUAAACGACGAUGGAGUUAUCGGAGCGGACGAAUAUAGAUUCAACUGUGUUACGAAAUUUGCUAUAGAUGACAUAGAAGUGGUCGAUGAAGCUUUCAACAACUUAUUAAGCGACGAUGAUAGGCGAAGAGGUGGGUUGACUCUGUCGCGUUACCAAGAAUUGUACGCGCAGUUUCUUGGAAAUCCUGAUGACAACUGUCCUGCCGUGUAUCUAUUUGGGCCAUUAUCUGAAUUUUCACUUUAAGGAGAACAGUCGAAGUCUGAUACUAAUUAAGUGUUAUGUUAAUUUUGUCAUGUUAUUGUU